CGGACAAUCCAGCAUUAAAUAUCCCACCAUUGACCGUUCCGAUUCCUAGGGAGCUACCCUUAAAUGAUGGAUGGUGUAAGCGUACUGAGGUGGUAGCGGUCUCUUCACUUUUUCGCGAUUACCAAUCUUUGAUAGCUAGCGAUCAGGCCGAGCACCCUAGCAAAUUUGGAAAAUUAGUAGUAUCCUUAACUAGUGCCUUACAAUUUCUAUCUAACUUUUCAUCCCAUCAGAUCGUCUUAGAGGCUUGA